AUGGACUUGUGCGAAACGGAAACAGGCUUCCCCGACUCGGCCGACUCCUCCUUUGCUGAGUUGACCGAGGCCUGUGACUCGGUCUUUGAGCCGCUCUCAGCGACGGAGCCGCCCUCGUUGCCGGUGGCCGCGUCGGAGAGGCUUUCCUCGGUAGCGCCGCUGGACGCCGAAGAGGAAGAGGAGCCAGCUGAAGAGGACGAGGAGCCAGAGCCGGCCGAGGAGGCGGAGGAGCUUCCAGAGCCGGCUGAAGAUGAGCUGCCCGACGAGGCGGCGGAGGACGAUCCACUGUGCGAAGCAGAGGACCCACUGCGCGAGGCCGAGGAGCCUGAAGAUGCAGAAGAUGAGGAGCUGCUUCGAGAGGCAGAAGCCGCCGAACUGCUGCCACCUUUCGACGAUCCAGAGGCGGCAGUGGAGGACUUGGAGGCCUUCGGAGGGCCGGCGCCGGCCGAGGACGAAUGA